AGGAUUUGUCAGGUUAAGACUAUGCAGAUGGCACCACAUAAUGACAGUUGCGUAUAUACGAAUUAGGAACAGCCGCAUUCUACCAUUUAUGUUAUAUAUCUGUGCAUUUCCUCAUCUGAGCAUCUCUUCAUCUCUGCAUCUACUCAUCACUAUUUGUGGCAUACCCUUCUAUCUGAAACCACCUGGACAAAUCCAGUACUUUCAACAAAAGUUUUACCUUUGAAUCCUCCUCAAUAGAACAUCAUGGCGGAGACUAUGAAGGCCAUUGUGAUACCGAGAUUCGGCGGACCCGAGGUUCUUGAGAUCCAAAUAGUGCCUAAGCCAGAACCUAUCGCCGGUGAAGUGCUGGUUAAAGUCUUUGCUUUCGGUGUAAACCACGCAGAGAUGCACAUGCGAAAGGGUGAAUGGGACGAAUGGAAUCCCAUCACUGGCUUAGAGUGCGUCGGGGUUGUCGAAGCUUGCCCAGGCGGCGAGAUAGAUAUCGGCACCAAAGUAAUUGGUGUUAUGGGAGGAAUGGGCAGGAAUCGCCCUGGAGGAUAUGGAUCAUUUGUUAAUGUUCCAAUUUCUAAUGUGGUGCCAAUCAAAACAAACCUUCCUUGGGAGCAGUUAGCAGCUGUCCCGGAAGUCUAUUCGACGGCAUACUCUUGUUUAUUCACGGUUCUCGAUCUAAAGGCUGGUGAAACCCUACUUAUCCGUGGAUCUACCUCAACACUCGGCCAAGCAGCGCUUCACUUAGCUGUUGAUGCGGGAGCUCGGAUCACAGCUACAACACGGCGGAAAGAAAGAUUUGACGAGAUCAAGGCGAGGGGGGCUGUGGACGCGAAGCUUGAGCACAAGGACCUCCAGUCAGAGUUUCCUAGCGGAUUUAAGUUUGAUAAAGUAUUGAACUUGAUCGGCAACAGUGUAUUGGUGGAGUCUAUCGGUCUGACUCGGCCUGGUGGACGGAUGUUGCAGGCUGGAUGGCUGGGCGGGCUGGCACCCGUGGUCGAUUUCAACCCCAUGGUUGAGAUGGAGUCUGGAGUGCACUUCAGCUUAUUCCACAGCAAAGUGCUGGGUACACCCGAAUUCCCUAUGUCUAAUAUUCCCAUUCAAGACAUAGUUAGCAAGAUUGAGAGAGGAGCAUGGGACGCUAAGCCAGCGUUUGUUUUCGAAUAUAACGAGAUUCAAAAGGCUCAUGAAAUGCUGGAUUCGCAUAAUGCGGGAGGGAAAAUCGUUGUAAAGCACUGAUAUAGAGGUAUAUUCCAAUAAAAAGUCAACUGUGCUAAUAAAACACAGCGCAUCUUGUUCUAUUGAAAAGUAGGAUCCUUACAGAGCUUCAAGACGUAGAAAUCAUAUUAUUUUCAGAUAUUU